GGACAACAUCCAAUCUUAAAAAACAUCUCAAACUGCAUAAGGGCAGAGUACCUGAAUUGAAUGAACCAGGUGUAAAAGAGGGUGCCACUGUUCUAGAUAUGUUAAAUCGGAAUUGUCAUCGUGAACCCUUUAAUCAACAAAAAUUUACUAAUCUUAUUAAAAGUUGGGUUAUAAAACGUAAUCGAUCAUUUCAAAUCGUCGAAGACGAUGAACUUAGAUCAAUAUUUACUUAUUUAGAACCUCGUGCAGUAGUACCUUCUGCUGACCUUGUAAAAAGACAAAUUACAACCAAUUUUGAAAAAGAACGUAAAGGGCUUCAACAAAAAUUGCAGGAAAUUCCUGGAUGUAUAGCCAUUACAACCGAUAUUUGGACAACCUCUAAUAAUGAAAAAUCAUUUAUGGCUGUCACAAUUCAUUACCUAAAUGUAUCAUGGAAAAUUAAGCAUAUUCUUCUCGACUUUAUUUUUAUGGAAGGAUCACAUACGGGUGCUGCAAUUGCAAGUGCUAUGGAAAAUUGUCUUCAAAAAAAUAGGAUUAUUUCAAAGUUAAUGGCGAUAACAUGUGACAAUGCGUCUUCCAAUAUAAAAUUUUUGAAUGAUUUUUCUAAUUCUUUAUCAUUAGCUGGUUUUUAUUUUGACAGUACACAGCAAUCAAUACGGUGCUUUGGCCAUGUUUUGAAUCUCACUGUUCAAAGUAUUUUGAAUGUUGUUGGAGAUGAGUUAGGAAAG